GCCAAAAGCCUUAGAAGUGUCUGCCCCUUAUACUCUUCGCCGCUAAUCUUCACCGCGACUCUUAGCCGGCUCACGAUUCAGCUUCUUCUUCCACCUUUUCAUUAUCAAACCAGUCAAUUGUUUCAGUCGAUAUGUUCCGCCGUUUUGGAUGCCGAAUCCCUGAGGAGACUAGACGACACUGUUCCUAUUCUGAUGUGUAAUCUGGAAAAGAUACUUCCCCCAUCAUUUUUUGAUCUAAUGGAACAUCUUCUAAUACAUCUUCCGUAUGAAGCUUUGAAUGGAGGGCCCGUCUUCUAUCGUUGGAUGUACAGAUUUGAAAGAUUUCUGGGAGAUUUGAAAAAGAAAGCGACCAACAAGCUAGGCACACAUUGAGGCUUCAAUUUGUCAAGCAUAUAUUCAACAAGAAACCUCAACGUUUCAUCUUUUUAUUUUGAGCGUGAAGUCAUCAGUAAAAGAAAGAAACCUGCUCGGAACGAUGACAUUGGCGAGGAUUCAUAUGAUAAAGUAGUUUCUAUUUUCAACUACCCAGGUAGAGGUAAAGGAGCUGCGACUUACCGUUACAUCGUGGGCGGAGAAAUGAAAAUUGCACAUACUUACAUCCUCAUGAAUUGUCCAGAAAUCUUACCAUUUUAUAAUGAAUUUAGAGCAUCUUUAUCAGCAUUUCUUGAUGAUGCAAUUGAUGCAAUGGUGGACUCUGACUUUGCAUUAUGGUACCAACAGCAGAUCAGGUACCGUGGGAUUAACGACCCUCUGUUAGUAUCAUUAUCGUGGGGUCCUUCUUCCUAUGCAAAGGUUUGGCAUUCAUAUGUGAUAAACGGUUAUACGUAUCACACAGUCGAAUAUGGAGAAGGUCGACCAACAAUGAACAGCGAGUUAUGUGUCCCGACCAUCGGUUCUCAUAACUCGGAAACCAAUUUUUUUGGUUUCUUGCAUGAGAUUCUCGAACUUCAAAUGCCUUCUGGUUUGCAAGAAUUAACAUGCGUGUUGUUUCGCUGCACAUGGGUCGACCCUACACGUGGUGUGAGAAAAAAUUCAAAGUAUAAUAUAAUUGACGUCAACCACUCUCGUGUGUAUCAGAAAAAUGAGUCAUUUAUACUCGCUCAACAAGCAGCCCAGGUUUAUUAUGCAGAGUAUCCUUCAACGAGGCGCACACGGAAUCCUUGGGUGUGUGCCAUUAAUAUCCGUCCGAGCAAAAUUGUAACACAGGCUCAACACAAGGAUAUUGACUUUGAUGCUUUUCAGCAAGAUUUUUUUCAACCUCCGCCUCUUGCUGACACGGUCAACCAUAACAUUCAGUUAAGUGACCCAAAUGGCGGAGAUGUUGAAGUUAUGCCUGAAACACACCUUCCGCCCCCUUACCUCAAAAUGAGCGCGAAAUUGAAGAAUUAUAUAUAUAACAACUGCACGAUGACCAGGAGGAAGAAGAAGAAUGGAUAUAUGAUGAUGAAGAUACAGAAGAAGAAGUUGGCUAUCAAGAAAAUACUGAUUCUGAUAGCGAUUAAAUGUAUAGUUAACAACCAAUGUAAUUACUUUUAAUUGAACUAUUUUAAUUUGAAUUUUUAAUUUUCU